AUGACUGUGACAUCUGCUGUUCCAACUCCAUUUAUCGUUUCUGCUCCCGGUAAGGUGAUUAUAUUCGGCGAACAUUCAGCCGUGUUCAAUAAGAAUGCUAUAGCUGCUAGUGUAUCUUCUCUAAGGACGUAUUUACUGAUCGAACAAUCUAAGGAUGGCGAUGGGGUAGAGCUAGACUUCCCAGAUAUCAAUUAUGAUUCAAAAUGGAGCACGGAAGAAUUGAAAACAAUCGACAGCGAAGUUGUAAAACAAGCUGCUGGCCUGAAACAUUUAUGUCCAAAGCUUAAAGAGCAGUUGAAUUUACUUUUGGAAGGUUUGAAGGAUUCUUUGAACUACUAUGCUGCAUUGUCAUUCCUAUACUUGUACCUAAGUUUGUGUCCCAAUGUGAAAGGCUUAAAAUUCACGGUGAAAUCAACUUUACCGAUUGGAGCUGGACUUGGAUCUAGUGCGUCAAUUUCUGUAUGUCUUGCUCUUGCAAUGGCAAGAAUGGGCGGUCAUAUCUCAUGUGAUAAAAGUAUCUCCCAAGAGGAGAAAGAGUUUAUCAAUCAUUGGGCUUUCAUCGGUGAAUGUUGUAUCCAUGGAACUCCUUCUGGAAUCGAUAACGCUGUGGCUACAUAUGGUAACGCAGUUAAAUUCAAAAGGCAAGAGGAUGGCAGCACCAAGUUUGAUCAAAUAAGCAAUUUCCCACAACUGCCAAUGGUCUUAACUAAUACAAGAAUUAAAAGAUCCACUAAAAUUCUUGUGUCUGGAGUAGGUGACCUUGUCAACAGAAAGCCGUUGAUCACUGAACCUAUUUUAGAAGCCAUGAACCAAGUGGCUCUCAGGGGUUCAGAGCUAUUAUCUGAUAUCUCAAAAGACAUUCAUUAUGAUGAAUUGCUAGAGUUAAUAAGAAUUAAUCAUGGGUUGUUGGUUGCUAUAGGUGUAUCACAUCCGGGUCUAGAAGUUAUUAAACAGUUAAGUGAUGAAUUGAAAAUUGGUCAAACAAAGCUUACUGGGGCUGGUGGUGGUGGAUGCGCCUUCACACUUCUCAAUAAGGAUGUAGAUCAUUCCUCAGUAAGAAAAUUCCAUGAAAAGUUACAUUCAAACUAUGGAUACCAAAUUUUCGAAACCGGACUUGGUGGUGUAGGCUGCUGUUUUGUGGAUUUAAAAAAUGAACAAUACGAAUCUUUGAAACACUUAUUUAUAGACUCUGCCACUGUGCAAGAAGUUUCAUUGGCUCUUUUACCAAGUCCUGACGGUUCACUUACUUGGACCGCAUGA